UUUUGCCGUGACCUCCAGAUGGCGCGACAGGUGCCAAAUGUCAGAGAGUGGAGAAAAAAUUAUUCCAAAGAGGAAAAAAUGAUAAAUCAAUUCCUUUUAUUAAAUUAAGGGUGCGAAAAAGCGCGUUUUCCGUGAAAGCAUUGCAUCGUGAAGGUGUUUGAGUGCGUGAGCGUGUGCGUGAAAAGGUAAUCACCAAUGAUUCAGUGAGUGAAACUGUGGCCUGGAGUGAAAAUAUAAAUAAGAUGGCUUCGGGAGACAAUGUGAAUUCGAUUGAGGAAAUUGAGAUUCCCUCCCUUGGAUCCGCUAGGCGAGAUUCCGGAGACAAUGAAGGUUUGGCGGCUGGAAAGGAUACCUCCGAUGUGGGUAGCGACAUUCUUGUGCGCUCCGCUCGGUCCAGGUACAACAAGACUGAGAAGGAGCGCAAAAUUGGGCAUCGGCGUGUGGGUGAAGGUGGUGAAAUCACAUACAAGAAGAUCCAAACAUCACAGAUCAUGGGAUCGAUCCAAUUGGGAAUUCAGCACACGGUUGGGAGUUUGGCGUCAAAGCCAAAAAGAGAUCUCCUAAUGAUGGACUUUUGGGAGAUUGAGACGAUAUCCUUUCCGCCAGAAGGCUCAAGUAUUACGCCAGCACAUCACUAUAGCGAGUUUAGAUUUAAGAUUUAUGCUCCGAUUGCAUUCCGUUACUUUAGAGAUUUGUUUGGUAUCCAACCAGAUGAUUUUAUGAUGUCGAUGUGUUCGGCACCACUGCGUGAGCUAUCAAAUCCAGGAGCUUCUGGAUCAAUAUUUUACUUAACUGACGACGAUGAGUUCAUCAUAAAGACGGUACAACACAAAGAGGGUGAAUUUUUGCAGAAACUCCUUCCGGGCUACUAUAUGAACCUCAAUCAAAAUCCCCGGACACUCCUGCCGAAAUUCUUUGGGCUCUACUGCUUUCAGUGCAAUAGUAAGAAUGUGCGAUUAAUUGUGAUGAAUAACCUGUUGCCGUCGUAUGUGAGGAUGCAUUUAAAGUACGAUUUGAAGGGGUCAACGUACAAGAGGCGCGCCUCAAAGGCGGAAAUGAAGAAGAAAUCACCAACAUAUAAGGAUUUGGAUUUUAUGGAGCACCAUCCAAAUGGAAUUUUUCUCGAGGCAGACACUUACAAUGCGCUGAUUAAGACAAUCCAGAGGGAUUGUCGGGUGUUGGAAUCGUUCAAAAUUAUGGACUAUUCCCUCCUUGUUGGUGUUCAUAAUUUAGAUUUAAGCCUGAAGGAUAAGCAAGAGGAGAAGAAUGCUCAAAUGCGGGAGAAUGAGGAUCUCGCGGGUGAAUCAUCACUCGAUGGUGCUGGUGAUGAGAGGGAUAGACGAGAGAGACGUUCCGGUGGUGCCACAGCACUCAAUCGUAGUCGUUCUGUCAAUAGGCAGCGACUUGUGGCACAUUCAACAGCCAUGGAGAGCAUCCAAGCGGCCAGUGAACCAAUUGAUGAUGAAGAUGAUGUUCCACCCGGUGGAAUACCGGCAAGAAGUGAAAAGGGUGAGAGACUCUUGCUGUUUAUUGGUAUCAUAGACAUACUGCAGUCGUACAGACUCAAAAAGAAGCUGGAACAUACGUUCAAAAGUAUUAUUCACGAUGGGGACACAGUAUCUGUAUGCCGACCAUCGUUCUAUGCUCAAAGAUUUCAAGAUUUCAUGGCAAAAACAGUCUUCAAGAAAAUUCCGUCACUGGACCUUCCUGAGAUUAAAGGAAAUCAUAGAAAAUUUCGUACUUUGGUCACCAGUUAUAUAGCUCUCAAACAUUCACCAUCAAAGCGAAAAAGUAUUUCAAAGAUGAUGACAAAGGCAUCAACAAAUGAUAUUGAAUUUCAAGGUACGGAACAUCGUACAAAAACAUUCCCAGGGGACACCAAUCAUCCCCCAUUUUCCAAUUCCACUAGCAAUUCAACAACCAAUCCGGUUAAUUCAAUAAUGAAGAAUACUCCGCAUAAGAAUAAAACAGCAACAUCCGUUGCGAGUAAUAAUCAAAAUGUUGUGGCGAAUGUGCUGCAACAAGCGCCAGUGAAGCAAAGCAAGUCGAAGAUUCAAAAAUCCAAAGUCCCACCGCCCGUUCCGCCACGAAAAUCGCCAAAUAAUCGUAAACUCGUGGAUUCCAAUCGCAGUUGUGCUGCCAGUGAUGAUUUCUUGGAUCACUCAUCAACAGGAACGGCUCCGUCUGGAUGUUCAACACCACCACCGCCGUUCGAUGACAUCUCCGAUUACAGUUCUAGUCUGGCUAAGCAUCAUUCUUCACCGGGAGCUGCUGCGGGCAGCAACAAGACGAUGGCCUCCACAUCGUAUGAGGAGGAUGUUGUGAGCAUUUCAGAGAUUCGAGUGCACAGUCACUUGGGCAUGGACAUCUCAUCGGGGAGCAGCCACUACGGGUCCAAGGGCGGCCUAGCGUGGAAUUCGGGCGAGGGAUCGACACCAACGUGGACCGAGGGCACUCCCAGCUACACCGAGUCCAGCUCCAGCGGCGAAUUGUGCCACAGUAGCAAUAGAUAAUUUAGCUAUGAUGAAUGGGGCGGAUGGUGUGGCAAUGCCAAAAUAUCCUUCGCAUGUGGGGGAUUGGUGGGUGUUUAGUCAAAAUCUCUACAAUACUAAAUCACAUUGAGGAGAGGAGGAAGCUCGUCUAUAUCGGGAAUGUCUUUGUUCUAACUAAAAAAAAAAUCUAAAUAAAAUGGAAAAUACGAAGAGAAUGGAAAACUUCAAAAGAAAAAAUAAUUAUAUUGAAGAAAAACAAGGACAACAAGGAGAAGGAUGGAAUGUCUGUGGAAAAAGAAAAGACGUAGAAGACAUUAUUACAUCCAGCUCUUUUUUCUUUCUUUUGUGAAAAACAAAUACAUAAAGCAAAAAAAUAGUAAAACAUUGUUGCUAUAGAGUAGUGGAUAAACAAAAAAAAAUUAAAUUAUUACAAAGUUGGUGGUUCAUCGUGAAUAGUUAGCUUCUUUGAAAAAACAAAGUACAUUAUUGAAGUGUAAAUUACUCCAUUGAAAAGAAAAUCUUAGCUAUAUUAUAAAAAUUGUAUGGAGAAGCAUUAAAAACAAAACAAACAAAAAAUAGCCAAUAUUUCUUUCCAAAAUGUGCAAAAAGGUUUUUUUCUGCACGGGGAAUGUAUAACCAAAAAAAAAAGAAGAAAUUCUCUUAAAUGUAAAAUGAUCAAAUUGUAUUAGUUACUCAAAUUUUUUUUCGACUAAAAUAUUUUUAUUUUAUAUUUAAAAAAAAAAGAUGGAAAAUAAGAAAAUUCUAAAACAAACACA